AUGAAUUUUUCUCUACAGAGUUGGUUGAAAAGUGGGUCUAUUAAUAAGACGCCUGCUACGGAGUCAUCUUGUUCUAAUAUAGAAGAAAGCAUAACCAACGAAAACGGAGUUAAUGAUAAUAGUCCUACUUCUCAAGGUAUGAGUAGUACACUACCGCCCAAUACUGGUGACUCUGCCCCAAGAACGUCCAAAAAACGUAAAUACGAUGAAAGUUAUUUGGAGAUGGGGUUCAUAGAAACAAACGAUGGCCAGCCACAGUGCGUAAUUUGUUCAAAAGUUUUUCCUAACAGUUCUAUGUAUCCCGGAAAAUUACGUCGUCAUUAUGAAAAGGUCCACACAGAUCAUAAUGGGAAACCACUCGAUUUUUUCAAACGAAAGCGCUCUGAACUAUUGGCUGUUAAAAAAAAAAUAAAAAAGCACGUUCUAACCGAUAAUGAAAACGCAUUGAAAGCUUCCUACAUGGUGAGUUACCGUAUAGCUCAAAAAGGCGAAGCUCAUACCAUUGCGGAGACCCUCAUAAAACCAUGUGUUAUUGAUAUAGUAACUUGUAUGCUUGAUGACAAAUCUGCCAAACAUUUAUCCAUAAUUCCUUUGUCAAAUAAUACUGUUGCACGGCGAAUUAAAGAUUUGGCUAGCAACGUAUCAGAAACACUUGUCUCUCGUAUUAAAUACACAAAAUUCGCACUACAAAUGGACGAAUCAACCGAUAUUGCUGGUCUUGCUGUACUAUUGGUGUUCGUUCGUUACGUAAACAUUAACUCUUUUGAAGAAGAUCUUUUAUUUUGUAAACCACUUCUAUCUAAUACGACAGGGGUUUCAAAUUUAUCAUGUUUUUCAUAA